CCUCCCCUCCCGCCGUUCUCUGACUACAAGCGAGCCGCUGUUGUUGUCAGUACGUUUCGUAGCCCGCCGGGGAGACAGGAAGCGCGAGCUCAGUCCGUUGGGCGUGAGAGCGAGCGAUAGAGCCUGAAGGCAAGCGGCGCGAGCCACAGAACGCCGAGCCGCUGCUGGCCUCUUCUCCAAGGGGUGUUUUGUGUGUGCCGCCGCCUCCUCCUAGUCCUGACCGCUGAGGAGGCCACUCCGCAGCUCCCUCCGCCUGUGGUAGUAGAGGACGACCGCUGAAGAGAAGCUGCCGCUGCCCAUGCGGGGAGCGGCGGGGGAAACGCGGAGGCCCGCGUUUGGAGGAAAGGCUGCCGGCGCUGGGAAAUGCUCAGAGAUGACGUUCCAACAAGGAAAUAAGGGAAGAAGAAUGAGAAACUGUCCUCAGAACUGGAUAUGGAAAUAUCAGUAGAUGAAAAGUUUGAAAAUACAAAGAAAAGUUGAAACUUCAUGAGAAAAGUAUAGACAAGAUGAUACCUCUGAAAAAGGCACUGCCAAGGUGCAUUUGGCAGUGAAAAUGGCUUGUGUGUCUGCUUCAGAUAUCCUUAUAUAAGAAGACCUCCAUUUCAAAAAGCAUCAGCGUUACUACUUGUCUUGGAGCAGUAUGGCAGGUUUCAAACGAGGGUAUGAUGGAAAAAUUGCUGGAUUGUAUGAUUUGGAUAAAACCUUAGGCAGAGGGCAUUUUGCUGUCGUCAAACUUGCCAGACAUGUUUUUACAGGUGAAAAGGUAGCAGUGAAAGUAAUUGACAAGACCAAGCUAGAUACUCUAGCCACAGGACAUCUUUUCCAAGAAGUUAGAUGCAUGAAACUAGUGCAACAUCCUAAUAUUGUUCGCCUGUAUGAAGUGAUUGACACGCAGACCAAACUUUACCUAAUCUUAGAGCUCGGUGAUGGGGGAGAUAUGUUUGAUUACAUCAUGAAACAUGAAGAAGGUCUUAAUGAAGAUCUGGCAAAGAAGUACUUUGCUCAGAUUGUACAUGCUAUUUCCUACUGCCACAAACUGCAUGUGGUUCACAGAGACUUAAAACCAGAGAACGUUGUCUUCUUUGAAAAACAAGGACUUGUGAAAUUGACUGAUUUUGGCUUCAGCAACAAAUUUCAGCCUGGAAAGAAACUCACAACAAGUUGUGGAUCUCUUGCAUAUUCUGCUCCUGAAAUUUUGCUUGGUGAUGAGUAUGAUGCACCUGCAGUAGAUAUAUGGAGCCUGGGAGUUAUCCUUUACAUGUUGGUUUGCGGACAACCACCAUUCCAAGAAGCAAAUGACAGUGAAACUUUGACCAUGAUUAUGGACUGUAAAUACACAGUGCCUUCUCAUGUAUCGAAAGAAUGCAAAGAUUUAAUUACACGAAUGUUGCAAAGAGAUCCAAAACGAAGGGCAUCUUUGGAAGAAAUUGAAAACCAUCCCUGGCUACAAGGAGUCGACCCAUCGCCUGCAACAAAGUACAACAUUCCUCUGGUUUCAUACAAAAAUCUUUCAGAGGAAGAGCACAACAGCAUUAUACAACGAAUGGUUCUUGGAGACAUUGCAGACCGAGAUACCAUAGUAGAGGCUCUGGAAACUAACAAAUACAAUCACAUCACUGCUACCUACUUCUUACUAGCAGAGCGGAUUCUACGAGAAAAACAAGAGAAAGAAAUACAAACCAGAUCAGCAAGCCCAAGCAACAUCAAAGCUCAGUUCAGGCAAUCGUGGCCAACCAAAAUUGAUGUCCCUCAAGACCUAGAAGAUGACCUUACUGCCUCUCCUCUGUCCCAUGGAACUGUUCCUCCAUCUCCAGCUCGCAGUGCUGAAAAUGUUCUUAAUGGUCACAGGAGUAAAGCGUUUAAUGAUUCAGCAAAGAGAGAGGAUAUUCCUGAAUUAGCUGGACCAGCACUUUCUGUUGUUCCGUCAGUGAGUUUAAAACCCACAACUAGUGGUCGGAAGUGUUUGUUUAGAGUGGAAGAAGAUGAAGAGGAGGAUGAAGAGGAUAAAAAACCAGUUUCCCUUUCGACUCAAGUUGUUCUGCGCCGCAAGCCUUCAGUUACAAAUCGUCUUACUUCCAGAAAGAGUGCCCCAGUCCUUAAUCAGAUAUUUGAGGAAGGAGAGUCAGAUGAUGAGUUUGAUAUGGAUGAGAACUUGCCUCCCAAACUUAGCCGGCUAAAAAUGAACAUUGCAUCACCCAGCACUGUGCACAAACGUUACCACAGAAGGAAAAGUCAGGGUCGGGGAUCUAGCUGCAGUAGCUCCGAAACUAGUGAUGAUGAUUCGGAAAGUAGGCGACGUUUAGAUAAAGACAGUGGGUUUACUUAUUCCUGGCAUAGACGGGAUAGUAGUGAAGGUCCCCCUGGCAAUCAGGGAGAUGGAAGUGGACAAGGCAAACCAAGCAAUGGAAAUGGAGGAGUAGACAAAACAAGCCCAGGUGAUAACAAUAAAGGGGGUGGAAGUCCUUCCAGUGGCUCCAGUGGAAGCACUAAUAACAAUUCAGGUUCUACUCGUAGGUGUGCUGGAUCUGGUAAUUCAAUGCAGUUGUCUUCAAGAAGUGCAGGUGACCUGGUUGAAAGCCUCAAAUUGAUGAGCCUCUGCUUAGGUUCACAGAUUCACAGCAGCACUAAAUAUAUUAUUGAUCCACAAAACACAAUUUCAUUUUCCAGUGUUAAAGUGCAGGAGAAAUCUUCAUGGAAAAUGUGCAUAAGUUCAACUGGGAGUGUAAAUCCAGCUUCGUCUUUGGGCAGCAUAAAACUCUUUUCUGACCAGAUGUCAGACACAACAAACGAAUUGGAACGAAUAAAGAGCAAGAACUUGAAAAAUAAUGUGCUACAACUACCUCUGUGUGAAAAAACAAUAUCUGUGAAUAUUCAGCGGAACCCAAAGGAGGGACUGCUGUGUACCGCCAGUCAAACUACUUGCUGUCAUGUUGUUUGACAAUAGCCAGAUUAACCCAUUCUACUUGACAUCACCAAUCUUCCUUUUCAGAGCUGUGAAUACUUUAUUUCAUUGAAACCCUACGUUGUCAUUGUCUUAAUAUUUUAAAGUGGGCUUUGAGCAGUAAUUUAUUAUGUUUUAAUUUAGUUUGCUUGAUAUGACAAUGCAUGUUUUUUGUGCAUGCUGCUAGCCAAUAAUUUUUUGUUCCCAACAAACCCAACUAUUGUGUAAUUUUUUACAUUUUAUAAUUUUACUAUAGAAAAUCUGGGUUACAGUAAGACUUGUAUCCAGAUCCAGUGUAAAUGAAGCACUUCGUAGUUUCACAUUCUGCACUUAAGUUAGAGAGAGAGAGAGAGCUUUUGUUUCUUUGUGAAAUGUCCAAUCUUGUUCUGAUCUUCUGUGAUACCUAAACUAUGUGAGAUGUGGCAUAAUUCUGUGUUUGCAACAGAACCAAAGCAAUAAUGUUUUGAUGCUGAGAACUCUUCUGGGAGUUUUCAGUUUUCCAAGGCUUGUACAAAGCAAAAAUGCACUGAAAAUUAAGAAAUCUUGAACUAUGAUUUUAAUCCCACAUCUUUGUCUUAAGCUGUAAUAUGUAUAAGGUGAUGGCUGAAUUGAAGAUCUUAUUUUGGUACAGGUGAGAUUUUUAAAAAAAAAUCUUUUAAGGCAGCUUUUCCCUAGACAAUCUUUUAAAACUACUUAACAAAGGAAACUUAUAAAGUAAUCUGCUUGGAAUCUAAGGGAGAGUACAUUCAUUAUUGGUGUAUUUCAAGGCAGUUGUUAGGUACAGUGCAAGACACUUAAAAUGGACCAAUUUGUGUAGUGGUUUAGAAAUCUGUUUCAGUAAGUUAGUUCCUGUAGAUUGUCAUAAGCAUUCAUUAAAAGGCCUAACAAAGUUUACAUCUAAUAAAUUAGCCCUCCACUCUGCCCUUAGCAUGCACAACCUGUUUUCAAUAUUAAAUGGAAGCUUCACACAGUGCUGAUUACUUUAAGGAUGUCAUCAAGCCCUCUUAACUCCUUUUCCACUGCUGCCAUGUAAGCAGACAAAUGGACAGUCAAGUUCUGUGGUGAUCCUUUCAGUAUAGUGUUAGUUAAACUAAAAGUGGUUCAAAAUACACAACAGUAUUGAGUCAUUUUAACCAGGCAUUUUAAAUGAAAUUAACAAGAGCAGAUUUUGAAUCAAAUAAGCUUCUGUUUAGAUUAGCAGAGAGAGCAUGGAGUGCGCUUCAUUACAUGAGGUCUCCUAAGUACGCCCCAUGGAUCUCAAAUACAACAUGGAAUAAAUAAAUAAAUUAGUACAAGAUUCAAGGAAUUGUUCUAAUAUCAAAUUUAGUUUGUUGGAGUAUAAAAUUGCUGUCUUGUUUAAUUCCCUCCAAUAACUCUCUCUCCAAAUCAAGUCAGAUAACACCAGUUGGCAUGGAUCAAUUUCCUCUUACAUUCUUCACUGCUUUUAGCUUUUCUUUUUCCACCCCUUGCUACUGAAAUGCUAGCAAAUGAACAUGUUGGCAUUUUUCUGUACAAAAGGAUACUUUUGACCAGAUGAACUAACUUUUGUGAACUUUAAUCUAGAAUAAAAUAUAUUGCAGAUUCCUAAUUUUGGGAAAGACAAGAAUGUUAUUUUUUCAUGCUGUGUGCACUGGGUCUUCAAAGCAAUGCUGAUAAGAAUUGAUGGUAUUAUGUAGCAACAUCCCAGACAGGCACUGAUUGUCUGAGACAGUUUACACAGUUUAGUAUCUUAAUGUUAGCAAAAUGGUCAAAUAAAAUGCAUUUCAUUUACAUUGUAGACUGUAGAGCACCAAAGAAUUGUUUUGUUUGGUUAUGAUUUAUGUUCACACUCUUUUUUUUUUUUUAGUGUGGUAAUCCUUGCUAAAGAUGCAGCAUUGAGCAUCUUAACUAGGAAGUGUCAUUGAAUUCAGCAUGACUUACUUCCAAGUAAACAUGUUCUGGAUUGGGCUGCAUGUUUAAAUUGUGCAGCAUAUUUUAAUAUCUUGCCGAAAUGAGGCUUAUCUUUCUGCUUCCCAAACUGAAAACUUGUUUUUAAAGCUAUUGUUGCAAUUUAGUUUUCAAAGAGCCUAUUAUGCUAUACCAGUAUGAGAGAGAUCUAUGUAAACAGUUGAAAGCUAGAAGAGAUGUGUGGGCAAAGCCAUAGAACAUAUUUGCUUGAAAUUUAUUGAGCAGGGAUCUCAUAAAGGGCCAGAUAUAUGGACAGUUCACUGAUGACAGUGAGCAGAGCAUCUAUAUUAAAAAGUAGGAGAACGUUUAUAAAGGGCAUUGGCAAUAAACUUUGUUGCAGCUUUUUAUUUUCUAGUAUUGUAAAUAUUCUUUCCACACAUUGUGUACAACCUUGGAAUGGCACCUUUUGACUAACCCCAGGUGUGUUUUGUUUUUUCCUGUUUUUAUAUACAGAUGUGUAUAUAUGGUGCUCACUUUAGAACAGCAGUGUUGACCAUUUAUGCUGCAUAGCUGUAAAAUAGCCUUAUUUAGUUGUGUAUGGUUGGUUGAACCUCUGGUGUACAGAUGCUAGCUUGAGUGUUGUCUUUUUAUCCAUUUGUUCACAGGUGAAUGAUUGUGCAUGUGUUGUAUGUUGUAUUACGUUGUCAUGUUAAAGGAGGGAGAGAAUAACCACUAAAAUAUAUUGGACCAAACUAUUAUAGAGCAAGUAAGUUUCUUGUACCCCUUAAAUCUGUCUUUACAAAUUGCAUAUAGUUACCGUAGCAUAUAAAUUAAAUAUUGUGGAAAGCAACUAGUAUUGUAUUUUUCUGUAUGUGUAUAUAAUGUACCUCUAGCAACUUAUCUGUAUUGAAGAUGUGACAAUCUUGACACAGAAUUUUACAACUAGCAGUGAAAUUAAGCAGAAUUCAUGGAACAGAACAGAAUGGAGAGAAGCUACAUGUGUUAGGGAGGGUACAGAAAUAUCAGUUGGUCUUUGUCAGUUGCUUCCAGCGAUGUUUGGCUUUCUUCAUUGUAUAAACCUUCAUGGUGUGUGACAAAUGGAAAAAAAAAUCCAGUUAAUAAAAAUGACCUCUUUAUUGGUGCAUAAA